AUGUCCUCGUCCCAGGUCUUCUUCGGUUGUCCUCACAGAGCCCUGGACCCUCCGGAGUGGGAAAGUCUCGCGGCCCGCCUGAUAUUAUCUCAUCGUCGCAAGUACCGAGGUCAACUUUCAAAGAUUCUUGAAACCUCCGGGGAAGCGCUGGCACAUCUGAGCAAAGAAUAUGGAAGCAUCGCGGGAAUAUACGCGACACUAAAUGUCUAUGAAGCAGAGGAAGCUGAUGACAACACGCCGACGGUCGGUGUUCUCCAUGUCCGCGCCCACAUGGCGGUUCUCUCUGUCAAAGUUUGGGCCUAA